AUUUUCGAAAGAAAAAAAAUUGAUGGCAUUUUCGUGAAUUAUAUGAACUUGUGGGGUGAAUAGGGCAAAACCAAUUUCCAAAAAAAUGGGAAGUUAGUUUUGUGUUUGACUUUAAGUUGUACGUCAAUUCUGCAAAAAGCACUUUGAAAAUACAAACUAUACAUUGUGUAGAAAAGUUUAUAUCUUUCACUCGUCGUGUAGUGUUUCAAGUGCUGUUUAUUUUAGUAAUAGAUAGCGCAGACGCCCCAACAGCAUCUACUUGUUUAAUAUAAGUUGGCAAGAUGGUCAACUAUCUUUGCGUGCAAACCAAGUUACAAAAAUACUUUUAAUUAUGUAGUGAUGGAGUCUAUAUCAAAGUACUCUCAACCCUCCCUAUUUUCAAACUCAGACAGUUGUAAACACUUUUCUAAAAACUUUUCUUGCAAGAUCUAGCUUUAUUUCUGCCAAGGCUAUAUGGAGGUCAAAAAAGCUAAUAGAAAGAAAACUAAUGGAAAUGUAGGACCUCUGGAUCUCAAUGAACCCAAGAGUAGGAACCAAUACAGCUUUUCGAAGUCGAUAAAAGAGAAUGAGACGAUGGUAGAGGAGAUGGAACAACAAAUGCUUCAACUCCAAAGAAAAAUUACAGAGAAAAAGAUGUAUCAUGAAAAGGCCAUCUCUACACUAAAAAACAACAUGCGAUUCGGAAGGAUUUAUAAUGAAAAAUGGGCACGGAUCGAGGAUGACCAAUACUCUUUCCAAUCAGAUUGUCUUAAGAAGAUGGAGCUAGACAAGAUAACUUUUGCUAAUAACGCAUAUCGUGACAAGAAAGCUGUUACAUCAUUCUCGUCUGGGAAACGAGAGAUUAACGUCCAUAACCUAAACCAUCGGAUGUUACACGAGGCAAAAAGCAUGGAUGGUGAGCGAAGCCUCCUCAAGAUGCUGAAUCCAAGUAAAGAUGACGACUCCUAUCAGUUUUCUAUUAACCAAAUUGAAGAUCAGAUGUGGAACUUACAAAGGUGGAUGAAAUGGCCAGAAUAUUACAAUAACCAAGGGACAAUGGACAGAGAAGAAUGUGAGAGAAAGGUAAAAGAACUUGAAUGGGAGAAAUAUCAAGGAUUUUUUAAUGCUCCUUGUAAAGCUUCUCUAUGGAAUUCAUUACCUUCUACCAAAGUCUUACGCAACCAGAUUCAGGCUAUGGAGACAAGAGAUGAAGAAAAGAGGAAAAUGGUUUUGGUAAGAAGAAAGAAGAUAGAGUCCAAAGAAAGAAAGAUAAAAAAGGCAGAGAAAGAGAUCAAGUCUAUGAAUAAAAUGGUGGAGAUGAUAAGCAACAGAAAGCAGAGAGCCUUGGAAGCCAUUUCACACGAAAAAAAGUUGUGUAGUAUUUGAAACUUAAAACCACAGCUCUCUGCUUGUUGACUCUCGCAUUGUCAGGACUAAAACUGUUCAAUAUAUUUACAUUAAAAAAAACUAAUAACUGAACAUUGUAAUGUUUUCAAAAUGUUGAUUGAGUAAUGAAAUCUUUUCACAUGUUGAUUGAUUAAUGUAA